CUCGCCCUCCCAGUUUCGGUUUCCAAUCUUGUUCCAGUAUUUAGAAUUAUGAUUUUUGUUCUGAAUCAGAUCCUUGUUUAUCUCUAUCCACGUGCCUAUGUGUGGCCGGCUUGAGUGUUUAAUCCGGCUCCAAACUCGGCCGAGUCGGACCGGCAUUUUAAUCAAGUACUGUCUUCGGAGUUCCCUUGCCGUUUCCCCCUGCUAGUGGUAGUGAAUUUACACUCGCCGCAGCCUUACAGUCUAAUGGCCGCCGCCAUGACUCUGUCACCGGCCACCGCUUCCCUCCGCCUCCUCUCUCUCUGCCGCAGGACCACCAAACCCGCCACCGUACGUCGCACCUACACCUGCUUCUUAUCAAAACCUCUUACUUAUUCCAAGCCAUCACAACCCUUCUGCCUCCGCCGGAGCUUCUGCUCUGUAGUUUGCUCAUCUUUUUCAUCAAGCGAAGCCAUCGAUAGGUCUUUACCAGGCAACUCUGGGGCUCAAGAAAUCGAAAAGAGCAGGAGAAUUGGGGAAUUCAGGAAAAGAUUGAGAAUCGCCGAGAUAAAAGGAGGCCCUGAUGAGGGUCUGGGUCGAUUGGGUGAGACUAUGGUGGUUCGAGGCUGGGUUCGAACUUCGAGAAUUCAGAGCAGCAUUACAUUUAUAGAGGUUAAUGAUGGGUCAUGCCUUUCGAAUUUGCAAUGCGUUAUGAGCUCGGAUGCGGAGGGUUAUGAUCAGGUCGAGAAUGGCAUGGUUUUAACCGGAGCAUCAUUAUGGAUACAAGGCACCUUAGUACGCAGCCAAGGAUCAAAACAAAAAGUAGAACUGCAAGUUGGGAAGCUUGUGAUGGUUGGUAAAAGCGAUCCUUCCUUUCCCAUUCAGAAGAAGCGAGCCACCAAUGAGUUUUUGAGAACCAAGGCACAUCUUCGCCCUAGAACAAAUACUUUUGGUGCGGUUGCAAGAGUGAGGAAUGCUCUGGCCUAUGCCACACACAAGUUUUUCCAAGAAAAUGGUUUUGUUUGGGUCUCAAGUCCCAUUGUCACUGCCUCUGAUUGCGAAGGAGCAGGUGAACAGUUUUGUGUGACAACCUUGAUCCCUAGCUCCAAAGAACCUAUGAAUUCCCCAGUGAAUGAAAUCCCCAAAACUAAAUCAGGUUCUGUCGACUGGUCUCAAGAUUUUUUUGGGAAGCCGGCCUUUUUAACAGUUUCUGGACAACUCAAUGCUGAAUCAUAUGCAACUGCCCUUACUGAUGUCUAUACAUUUGGUCCUACAUUUAGAGCAGAAAAUUCUAACACUUCGAGACACUUGGCAGAAUUUUGGAUGAUUGAGCCAGAACUUGCAUUUGCUGACUUAGACGAUGACAUGUCAUGUGCAACUGCCUAUCUCCAGUAUGUAGUGCAAUAUAUUUUGGAGAAUUGCAAAGAAGACAUGGAGUUCUUCAACACAUGGAUUGAGAAAGGGAUCAUUAAAAGAUUAAGUGAUGUUACUGAGAAAAAUUUCGUGCAAUUGACUUACACUGAUGCAAUCAAACUACUCUCCAAAGCAAAAAGGAAGUUUGAGUUCCCGGUUAAUUGGGGGUGUGAUUUGCAAAGUGAGCACGAACGUUAUAUCACGGAGGAAGCGUUUGGUGGAUGUCCAGUCAUAAUAAGAGAUUAUCCAAAGGACAUCAAGGCAUUUUACAUGCGCGUGAAUGAUGAUGGAAAGACUGUUGCGGCUAUGGAUAUGCUGGUUCCUCGGGUGGGUGAGCUUAUGGGUGGAAGCCAGAGAGAAGAGCGUCUCGAGUACCUGGAGAAACGUUUAGACGACUUAAAUCUGAAUAAAGAAAGCUAUUGGUGGUAUCUUGAUCUACGCCGUUACGGUUCAGUUCCUCACGCCGGGUUUGGGCUUGGCUUUGAGAGGCUUGUGCAAUUUGCUACAGGGAUGGAUAAUAUAAGGGAUGCAAUACCAUUUCCUAGAACGCCUGGCAAUGCCGAGUUUUGAUUUUCGGUACCCGUUUGGUUUUAAAGGGCAUGAAUUUCUGCAGAUGGGUAACAGUAUUGUUCACCUUGGAGGGUGGAGUGCAGGGUUAGUACUGUCAUUUCAAUGUGAGUAUAACCUUUCUAUGUGUUUUUUUUGCUGUUGAAAACAUAGUACACUCCCUUUUUUUCACAUGUAAAUGAGCACAUUAAUAUUUAAUUUGGAAAAAAUCAAUAAGAUUUACGUAU